AUGAUCCCUAACAAUCUUUCUUCUUUCGAAUCAGUUCAGCAAUACGAUCAUCAUGAUCCUUCAUCUUUCACUUCUCCCAUGACGAAUAAUGUCUCGUUCACGUCAAGCUCUGCUACUUCAAACCCUAACUGCGACAUUACUGCUUCGCUUGAGCAGGCUCCGGGCAACUUCAGUGGCACGGUGUUUACCGGUGAGCACGAAGACACCGUGAAACCAUCAGCAGGUGGUGGUAGGGCUGAUAAUAAUGUUAGUAGUAAUGCAGAUUCUGUGGCGCGUCAAAGGAACGCGCCGCCUAGAUGGAGGAAUUACAGAGGUGUGAGGUGUCGGCCAUGGGGGAAGUUCGCGGCUGAGAUCUGGGACCCGAAGAGGAACGGAGCAAGAACGUGGUUAGGGACAUAUGAGACGGAAGAGGAUGCAGCAUUGGCUUAUGAUAGAGCUGCUUUUAAGAUAAGGGGUAGAAAAGCCAAGCUCAAUUUCCCACAUCUCAUUGGGUCCGAAUCGCCGCCAGAGGUGCCGGAACGAGUAGUCAGCGAGACGACGCCGCAGUGCCACUCGCCAGAAUCUUCAUCGCGGUCAGGUUGUGCAUCUGAGGAUAACGGCGGGUCUCAAGGGUCAAGUAGUAAGAAGAAGAGGCUGACUAGUCUAUUGAAUAAAUUAGCAACAAAUAGAAGCCAACUUCCCAAAAUGAACCCUAAUUUUUCUCCUGUUGAAUCAGUUCAACAAUACCUUAUUGAAGAUGACCCUUCCUUCAUGGCUCUCUUGAAUGGCUUCUUCAUGGACAACCAUACUCGGAAUCUGAGCUAUGACGCUGCUUUGCCGGAGCUGCAGGGUGUUAGUAACUCCAGUGAUACGGUGUUUUCUGGCGGGAUUAAUGAUGACAAAAUUAUGGCUCGGCCAGGUGGUUAUGAUAUGGCUGGUGGUAGUAACCCAGGAUCUGUGACGUGUGAAAAGAACGCGCCACCUAGAUGGAGGAUUUACUGA